AUGUUGAGAACAAUACCAUCAAAAUCUCAAAAGAUUUUAGAAAGCGCCAAGGAUAUUGAACUUAUCCAUUGGAAUGAGGGAAAUGUAAUUCCACGCGAGAAAUUAUUGGAAUUGGCGAAAGGUGUUGAUGGAAUUUUAUGCAUGUUGACCGAGAAAAUUGACUCUGAGUUGCUUGACGCAGCUGGACCGAACUUAAAAGUAGUCUCCACACUUUCAGUUGGAUAUGAUCAUGUUGAUUUGAAUGAGCUCCGUAAACGUUCGAUUCCUUUAGGAUAUACGCCAGGCGUAUUGACUGACGCUACAGCGGAUAUCACGGUAAUGUUGGUGUUAGCAUCCGCGCGAAGGAUGCGCGAGGGAAUUCGAGCGGUUGAGAAUGGUAGAUGGUGCAAAUGGGAUCCAACGUGGAUGCUUGGGACACAAUUAACAAACAAAACAAUUGGAAUUGUUGGGCUUGGUCGUAUAGGCUCAGCCACUGCCUUACGGCUAAAACCAUUUAUUGGAAAUGAAGGCAAGAUAAUUUACUCUAGUCGAACCGAGAAAUCUGAAGCGGCUUCUAUAGGUGCGAUAAAAGUCGAAUUUGACGUUCUUUUGCGUGAUUCUGACGUGAUCUGUAUUUGUUGUGCGAUGAACGAGGAGACGAAUGAAAUGUUUAAUUACGAAGUUUUCAAAAAAAUGAAGAAAAAUGUGGUUCUUGUAAACACGGCUCGCGGUAAAAUCAUUCGUCAAGAGGAUCUUUGUCGAGCUUUGUCAGAAGGGAUGCUUGGUUCGGUUGGAUUAGAUGUGUGUACUCCAGAACCGUUGGACCAAAAAGAUCCACUUUUGAAAUUCGAUAGAGUGACGGUUAUUCCACAUAUAGGUAGCGCAACUUUAGAAACGCGUACGUUGAUGGGAAACAUCGCUGUUAAGAAUGUUUUAUCUGGUGUUAGGGGUGAACCGUUACCUCACAGCGUAAAAUAA